AUGCGAAUAGCCCAGUCAGUCCAGCUCGCCUCUCUGGCAUGGUGUUCUGCAGCCGCAGCUUCAAUCGGUCCCGACCUCCCCGGCGCCGCAUCCUACGUGGUCCCUUCUGGUUUCCCGACAGCAGUCUUCUCAAGUUACUAUGUCAAAGCAGCCCCUACCAGCGAGCCUCAACCAGCCUUGUUCGAUCCCGUCUUGAACUACACCUAUCCGCUCAAUCUUACAGAUCCAUCGACGGUCGAGAAUCUGAAUCCAGAUCCGGUAUUUUAUCCCCCGGGAGUGGCCAAUCUGACCAGUGCUGCAGCCGAGGCCCUGGUCCAACUCGCACUGGCGCAGAUCAGGGGCAUCAUCUACGAAGAUGGGGGUCUGGCUGGCAAUUGCUCCAAGUGCAUUGCUGCUCUGAGCGUGGGAAAGUUCCUGGCGCAGUCUGUCCCAACCUACGUGCCUGAAGCCAUGAUAUCGCUGUGUCAAGCGACAGGAUUUCAGUCGAACGUGACGUGCAAGGCAAAUUACUCGCCAGGGGCCUAUGGUGCCAUCUGGACGCAGGUUCUUGCCCUGGCCAAUGUCCCAGGUCUCGAUGGGAGGUAUAUUUGCAGCUCUCUCAGCACCACCUUCUGCCCAGCCCCGAGCACGAGUCCGCUGAACAUGACGAACCUGUUUCCGAAGCCAAAGCCAGCCAACGCGACAGCUCCGAGGGCAAGUGGGACCCGAGUCAAGGUUCUUCAUCUGUCCGAUUUUCAUCUUGAUCCGCGAUACCAGGUUGCUUCGGAAGCGAACUGUUCGUCGGGACUCUGCUGCAGAUACUCGGCCGCAGGAACAUCUCCAGUCAUUUUCCCGGCUCCUCUUUACGGCGCCUACAAGUGCGAUACUCCGUACUAUCUAGGCCUUGCAGCUCUGCAGUCGAUGGGUGCCAUGACAGGCACGGGAACCACGCAUGCCAGCCCGGCAUGGACCAUCUACACCGGAGAUCUCGUGUCUCACGACCGCCAAAGCGAGAUGUCUAGAGAGUAUGUCGAGUACACCGAGACAAGUAUCUACGGCAUGCUCAAGUCGUAUAUCAAGGGUCCCGUGUUCCCUGUUCUCGGCAAUCACGACUCCAGCCCAGAAAACAUUGAUGGGCCCCAUAGUCUCCCGGGACCUCUGGGCAAGCAAUUCAGCUGGAAUUACGAUCACGUUUCCGCAUUGUGGAAGAACAAUGGCUGGAUUGAUGAUGCGACUGCGGAGCAAGCUGCCUUACACUAUGCCGCCUACUCGGUCAAGAACCACUAUGGCCUUCGCAUCAUCACCCUCAAUACUGAUUUCUGGUAUCGAAACAACUAUUUAAACUUCAUCAACACCACCGAUCCGGACGUCUCGGGUACAUUCAGCUUCAUGAUCAAGGAGCUGCAAGCUGCCGAAGAUGCAGGAGAGCGAGUCUGGAUCAUUGGGCAUGUGCUGAGUGGGUGGGAUGGAGCAAACCUGUUGCCCAACCCCAUCGACCUGUUCUAUCAGAUUGUGGAUAGGUACUCGCCACACGUCAUUGCAAACGUUUUCUGGGGUCAUACUCAUGAGGACCAAACCUUGAUCUACUACGCGAAUAAUGGCACCGUGCGAGAUGCCAGCACCGCCUUGACUACGGGCUGGAUUGGUCCCUCCAUCACCCCGCUCAACAACAUCAACUCUGGGUACAGAAUGUACGAAGUCGACACCGGCUCUUUCGACGUCUUCGAUGCAUAUACCUUCUACUCUGAUGUCAACUCCUACUCUGCCCUUAAUGCCACUGGACCAACGUACAGAUUCGAAUACUCGACUCGGGAGGCGUACGCGGAUGCAGUGGGAUGGCCGACAACAGCCCCCCUCAACGCGACUUUCUGGCAUGGAGUGACAGUCGCCAUGGAGUCGAAUCGAACUUUGGUGGAGGCCUUCAACACGUACCAGGGGAAAUCUAGCAUCAAAAGUCCCAACUGCACCAGCGAGGCGUGCGCUGCGGCAAAGGUGUGCUACAUGCGAUCCGGGAGUGCGGCGCUAGGUAGAGCGUGUCCGCAGGGAUUCGCGAGUGUGCAGAGUCCGUUUACCGGGAAGGAUUUCUGA